AUGGGCAAAUGCUGCAAAUGCAACAGGAGACUGCUGUGCAUGUGCUUGCUGCCUUGCAUGAUGACUGGCCACCUUCUGGUUUAUGUCAUGGUGUCCAUAUUUGUCACCAUCUCCUACACUCCUCCAAAAAUAAACGUCCACUAUAUUGCCCCAGGGAUUUCCAGUAACUCUUCUGCUUUGGCCUCUCACCCGCUUGGCCCUUUCUGGAACCUUCGUCUGGAGGACAGUGCACUGUGGAACCAGUUGCAGCAUGCUUGGGAUCGUCAACACAAUCCAAUACUGCGAGGAAACACAACUGGGGUAACGGGGAAGCCAAGAGUCAAACUUUUAUCAGAAAUUGAGGAAGAAUGCCUUUCUGACUGCAUGUCACACAAGUGUUCGGUCCCUCGUAUGGAUGAUAUAAACAGCCUGCCAGAACAAAUGAGGGCAUUUAUCAGAUCAAUGCACUGCAGGGAGUAUCCACUCCUUAUCAAUCAGCCUGAUAUAUGUAAGAGGAACAACAUUAGCUUUGGUCUGGAAGGUCCCAUGCUGCUCAUGGCCAUCAAAUCUCAAGUGGGAAACUUUGAAAACAGGCAGGCCAUCCGUGAAACAUGGGGACGCAGUGGUCUGGUGAAGGGGGAAUCAAAUAAGAAAGGCCUAUUAGUGUACACAGUGUUUCUACUUGGAAGGCAGGACUCAAGUACAGGUCCUCAUCCAGACCUCAAAAACCUCCUGGAUCUUGAGAACCAGAAAUAUGGGGAUAUCCUACAGUGGGAUUUUAGAGACACUUUCUUUAACCUGACUCUAAAGGACUUGCUGUUCUGGAACUGGCUUGAAGAAUACUGCCCCACUGCCAUCUUUGUGUUCAAGGGCGAUGAUGAUGUCUUUGUUCGAACAGGUGCCCUUCUGGAUUACCUGCACAAGCAGUGGGAGGAGCACAACCUGUGGAAAGCGUAUACAAAUGAAACCAGCAUGAAUUUGUUUGUGGGGGAUGUAAUCAAUAACGCAAUGCCAAACCGUGAACCAUCCACCAAAUACUACAUACCAGAACGUUUUUACAAAGGCGUCUACCCAUCGUACGCAGGUGGAGGAGGGGUGGUGUAUACUGUCUCACUUGCAUUACGACUGAAAGAAAUGUCAGAGAAGGUGCGCCUUUUCCCAAUUGAUGAUGUGUAUCUGGGCAUGUGCCUGCACAGACUUGGGAUCUCUCCUAGCCAUCACCCAGGUUUUUUAACAUUUGAUCUUCCGGCGACACACAGGAACAAUCCUUGCUCUUACAGUUCUGUUCUGCUCGUUCACAGAAGGACUCCCAAGCAGAUGUUGACGCUAUGGAAGCAGAUCCAGAAUCUUAGUCAAUGCUAA